UCUAAACACUAAUUUCGUUUCUCCUGUAUAUCUCUAAAGCCACAAUUUCUCUCAAUCAAAUACUCAAAAACCCUAAUCUGAGAGCCGUCGCCGUUUCCCACAUCCGCCCAAGUCAUCGCCCUCAUCCACCCAAGUAACCGUUAUGCGCCAGCAAUGAACCACCAUCCAGUCUCCAACCUUGCACCAUUCAUCGUAUCUGACCGCUAUCUCCACCAUCACUCUUCCAUCGCCCCGCUUUUCUUGCAAGGAACCCUCACCAUCAUCUAUAUCCGAAUCUCUCCACCCCGACUCACUCUCCAACCCUGCCACUACUCAUCGUCAUCGACACUGCCAUCGUUGUUGCUCCCAUCUCCGCUAGCAACUGGUGGCUAAGCAUUAUGCUCCUCUGCUAUGCUCUUCAGUAAAAAAAGAAGGAAUUCUACAAUGUCGUCAUAAGCAUCCAUGGAAGACACCACAACUUUCACAAUUGUCGAACAACCACCACCUUCUCCCUGGAUGUUCGAAAAAUCUAGGAGUACCUUAAAGGAAAUUGGGGUUAGUUUGUUCAUGGCUUCUGAAAACUUUAAAUCUCAGAGCACCACCGGUCACACUUACCACCACAAAUCUGCCAGCCACCACCGUUUAUGCUGCUGUCACCAAAUAUUUAAGGUUUGAACUGAAUUUGUAUGUAUUAUUGGGGCUUUACUGCACUACAACUGAUACAAAGCCCCUUCAAGACUAUAGCCAUUAUUGAUGUUUCUUUAUCACAUGUUAAGGUUUGGAGAACAUCUAAUAAACCUUUCAUGUCCAAGUAAUGUAUUUUUAUUUGUUUUUGGUAUAUAAUUUGAUUUUUUGCAUCUAACCAUACAUACUUUUGUACAAACACAAAAUCAACAUUGAUGGCCAGAUGCAAUAGAUAUUUUACAUGGAAACUGCAUUGCACGAUAAGCCUUCUGUUUGGCUACCUAGCUCAUUUUUUAGUUUUCUUAGUUACUCCCUCAAACACAUAUUCUUAUUAUUAUUUUGUUUUAUGUGUGCUUUCAUUGUCUUUUGAUUCUUUUUUUUCUAUUAUGUUGCAACGAUAUUUGGUCAUGACUUAUAAGAAUCACAUUGGAAAUUAGUGCUUAUUCACUUAUUUUUCUGUGUAUAUUUCCUCUUUAGGUCCUAAAGAUCAUCUCAUUCAUCUUUGUUUUAUUAUUUUUGAGGUCAACACAUAACAAAAUUUGGGAAAUAUGUUAAUGGUCAUGUUGCACCUGUUGAUUCUGGUAAGGUUAUUUACCGGAAUAAUUUUUUUUGAUGUGAUUGAUUGUUUGUUUAGAUUUAAAUGCAUAUUUUACUUUAUUUUAAUCAAUAUACUUGUAGAUUACAUGUCUAUAAUGAUAAAGUAUGGUGACACUAAUGAUUGUUAUGAACUGUGGAAGCUGAUGAUCUGACUUCAAAGCUUGAUGAAGGUGACUGUAUGUCAACGCCCCUAUUCUCACUAACGCUAAACAACCACCAGCCAACCUUCUCCACUGCCACGACACCAGGUCAACAACCGUUACCGUCGAUUGUUCUCAGUCCAACCAUGUGCGCUCCUUUGCAAAAAGCAAAUCCAUGUUAACCUCUCUCCCUUCCUUUACUUUUAACCCAUAUAAACCCAAACAUAUCCCAAAAUUUUCUUAAUUUUAAAGUUUGUUUAUGAUUAUUUGAUGUUUGAUUAUGUUUAAUUGAUGUUUGAUCAUGAUUACGAUUUUAGUUAUAGAUUAGUAUUUUAUUCGAUUCCUAUAGUUUAACCUGCAUGCUUAUUUUAUACUCUUUGGGUUUGUAUGGACUUGUAAGGGGUAAAGACUCCAGCUGAAAAAAAAAUCUGAUGAGGGUUGGUUAGAUAUCUUUUUGCUAUUUCAAUUUUUAGUGUAAAUAGUUGUAGAUGGUCUUGAAUUGCUAUUAUUUCAAUGAAAUUUAUGUGAGUUUAAAGUAAACUCAAAAUCUUUUGGCUACUAUCUCAUGACCAAAUACUUUUUACAAUUGAUAUCUUUUUUUAUGAUCAACUUUUUUGAAUAUGUGUAUAUACAGGUCCAGAAAAGUGAGAAAGUUGGAAUAAACCAACCAAAUUAUUAAGCUAGCUCCAAAUUAUCCUGCCUGAUCAAAUUUUACAGAAGAUGUUGUUACCUUUAAUUCGGUCCUCUUUGCUGUUACAACCAUUUCCGUUCAAUGAAACCACUUCAAGUGUGGAUAGAUGGGGAAAAACUUUAGGAAAUCUUAUUACUAUCUAUGGCAUCUCUAAUAUCAUUUCUGACUGAUGAGCUUAUACUAUCUUUUGUAUAUCUGGGACACAGAUGGAAAAUUUUAAUUAAAGUUGCU